UCCAGAAAUGGCGGCCCCGCUGGGUGGUAUGUUCUCCGGGCAGCCCCCUGGACACCCCGGGGACUCCAGGGGCCAAGCUUCGCUUCUUCAGGCCGCGCCAGGCCCUCCGAGAACUUCUAACAGUACCUUGGUGGACGAGUUGGAGUCAUCUUUUGAGGCUUGCUUUGCUUCUCUUGUGAGUCAGGACUACGUCAAUGGCACAGAUCAGGAAGAAAUUAGAACUGGUGUCGAUCAGUGUAUCCAGAAAUUUCUGGAUAUUGCGAGACAGACGGAAUGUUUUUUCCUACAAAAAAGAUUGCAGUUAUCUGUCCAGAAACCAGAGCAAGUUAUCAAAGAGGAUGUCUCAGAACUAAGGAAUGAAUUACAGCGGAAAGAUGCUCUGGUCCAGAAGCACUUGACAAAACUGAGACAUUGGCAGCAGGUGCUGGAAGACAUCAACGUCCAGCACAAAAAGCCAGCCGAAAUCCCUCAGGGCUCCUUGGCCUACCUCGAGCAGGCAUCUGCUAAUAUCCCUGCACCAAUGAAGCAAACCUGAGUCAGAGCUGGCCUGAAGGUGAUCUGAUGUGUGAGUCAGUCUGAACACAGUUUUGACAAACAUCACUUCUUGUGGACAUGACAUUUUGUAAGAACUCUUUGCCAAAGAAUGAGAUGAUUUUUGUUGAUGAUCUCACCUAAAAUUUUCCCCUUAUUUUUAUAAGCGUUAUUUCUUGAGUACUUUAUAAAAGGCCUAUAUAGUUUUGGUAAAUGAAGUAAAUUUUCCUGUCUUUAGCAAAGUUUAGACUGGUAGUGUGAUGCCACUUACAGAUUUCCCUUUUCAUGUUUCUUUUUUCUGUUUGUAUUUUUGUAUGACUUAAUCUCUUUGUGUUCCGGUUUUAGAUUAGCUUGUACGAUCUGAUCUGAGAAUCAGAGGAUGAGGAUUUUGAUUGUAGGCCUUUUAUGACAAUUAUUCCUAGGUGGUAGUGCAGAAAAUAGGUAAAUUUGCAUGUUUCAAGACUUUAAAUUACUUCAAGAAGAGGCAUCUAAUACAGUGAUGUUUGUAAUGCAUCCGGAGCUCUUAGAAUGAGGAUAUUUUGUAAAUAGGUUGAAAGGAUUAUAAUAUCCUAAGUUAGUGUAGUAAUAAUAUAGUAGGAUCCUUAUAUUGAUGUUGACUUUUAUUUGGACUCUUAUUUGUGUGGUGUUUUUUCACUUUUUGGAGCGGAGGCGUGUAGUAGGAUCAGUGAUAAGCUAAGUUUUGUU